AUCUUGGAAAGGAACAAGAAUGGCGACCUUCGAGCUUUACAGGAGAUCGACGAUCGGGAUGUGUUUGACGGAGACGCUCGAUGAGAUGGUCUCCAAUGGAAUUCUCAGCCCAGAGAUUGCCAUCCAAGUCCUUGUUCAGUUCGACAAGGUCUCUUAUUGUCGUUAUUUAUGUUGUGAUUUUUAAUAUUUCAGCAAAUAUUGAUGAUUUUUAGCUUUGGCACGGAUGUUAUGCUUUUCAGAUCUUCUUGUUUUACAGUAAUUUGCUUCUGGGUAUGUGUGUAAAUGAAGAAAUCUGCUGCAUGGAUGUAUCCAUAUUUCCGUGGUUUUAUUUUCUUUUAGUUCUAGUUUUGUGUAUUCUCUUCAUUCCAAUUUCCAAGACCUCUUUGAUAGUAUGUUAUUUAAUGCAGUCGAUGACUGAAGCUCUGGAGGCUCAGGUGAAGAACAAAGUUUCAAUCAAGGGGCAUCUUCACACAUAUAGAUUCUGCGACAACGUUUGGACUUUCAUCUUACAAGAUGCCAUAUUCAAGAGUGAGGAAUGCCAGGAGAAUGUUAGUCGUGUUAAGAUUGUGGCGUGUGAUUCAAAGCUUCUCACCCAGUGAGGGGAUUGCAAAUGAAGAAACUGUUGAACAAGUUUUUUUUUUUUUUUUUUUUUUUUUUUUUUUCUUAGUUCUGCUUCAUAGAAAUUUGAUGCUAGUGAAAUAUGAAUUGGAGAAAGCUGGGUUUCAUUCCUUUGGCUACAUUUCCAGGCUAGAGAUGAAAUUGCAACACCUUUUGUGUCAACCUGUAUACAGUGAUCCUCACUUCAUUCCAGCAUACUCUCCUUUUGUACUAUGGUUUAGUUCAAGAUUGUCAUCCUUGCUUAUCCCA